AUGUUAAUGCAUCGGACCACCGGUUCAAUUUUUGCAACAGGUACUAGAAGCAAGCAAUGGCAGCUACAUCUAAUUGAAUAUCUUAAACACGAAGUUACAAUUGUUAAAUGUUUUAAUCUCCUGCCAACUGGAAAGCCUUCAUGCAGCCAACAAUAUCAGGAGGUGUUUAGGCAGGGCAGGGAAGGUGAUUCUGGAAGCAGUGAUUCUAAGUUCCAACAGCUACAAUUUGUCACGAGACACCAAGCUCAGGUAGGGCCCAUAUGGAUGCUGCAGCUUUCAACCAAGUAUGGUUGAAAUGGCUAACGUCUCCUACGUUUUGGUGAGAUAUCGAUACGAUGUUGUUUUACACUGAGAGAUUAAAAAGAGAAGUAGAUCACUAGUGUAAAUGAAU